CUUUCAGCUUCAUCUGAACCUUGAAGUUCAUCUCAGAUAGUCUCAUCUGAAGCUCAGAUUCUGAUUUUAAUACAGAAACACAGAAAUGUCUGCUGGAACUGCGUCACUCUGCUCCACUUUGCUGUAUUUCAGCAUCCUCGUGUUUGUCUCUGCAGAAAAGAAAAUCAUCACAGCUGAGUCUGGAGAUAAUGUCAUUCUGCCAUGUCAAGCGCCACACAUCAACAUGAAGAUCAUAGUUGUAAAGUGGAGCAGAGCUGACCUGGGAGAUAAAUACGUGCUUUUGUACCGCAAUGGUAAUUUUGCUCCAGCCACCCAGCAUCCAUUUUUUAAGAACCGGGUAGAACUGCUGGACAGACAGAUGAAGGAUGGAGACGUGUCUUUCAUUCUGAAGGAUGUGACGAUUAAUGAUGCUGGAACAUACAAGUGUCAUGUUUUCAUGGAAGGAGCACAGACAUGGAAGGUCAGCAGCAUCUACCUUAGAGUUAUCGAUCCUCCAGAACAGAAAACAAUCCCAGCCGGACAGGACGUCAUUCUGCCAUGUCGAGCUCCAAACACCAAUAAGAUAAUAGUUGUAGAGUGGAGCAGAGCUGACCUGGUAUAUAAAUAUGUGCUUUUGUACCGGGAUGAGCACUUCAACCAUCAUCCAUCUUUUAAGAACCGGGUGGUUCUGCUGGACAGACAGAUGAAGGAUGGAGACGUGUCUUUGAUUCUGAAGGAUGUGACGAUUAAUGAUGCUGGAACAUACGAGUGUCGUGUCGUUGAAAGAGGAAUGAACCGCAGGAAGAGAGCUAUUUUGAAGACUCAGCCCAUCCACACUGUCAACCUGACUGUUAUCCCUCCAGGUCAGCCAUGAGGACACACAGAGGAUGGAUCUGUUGCACUGAAAGGUGGUCUGAGUGUUUCUGUUGUGCUUCUUGUUGCUGUUGUUUUUGGUUUAUAUCUACAGGAAACAGCCUCGGGGUGUCCUACUGAUCAACAGACCAAACAACCUCUUCAGACUCUGUCAUUAACAUCAAGCAGAUGUCUGUAGAUGUCAAACAUCCAGAGUUUGAUUUUUGUGUGAUUUUGAUUUUCAGUGUGUGUCUGUGCUGUCUGUCAGUGACUCUGAAAUACAGUUUAUUCACCUUCAGGCUGUUCAUGAAGUGUUACAUGAAUUUAUGAACUAUAAUCUCAGCAUCAGAGGGUUUUUUUAAAUUUAUUUUUAUCAUUUGAGUAAACUUUGCAUAAUCUCCAUAAUCUUUAAGUUAAUCCAGUUUAUCUUUCAGCUAAAACACAAAUAUAUAAGUAUAUAAAGUAUAGUUUCAUGUAGCUGCAGCUCAAGUGUCUGUUUGGGUCCCUGUGAUGUAAAUUUCAUCAGCAGUGAGAGCGAGAGUGUGCAGCAGAGUAUAUUCCUGGCUUUGUAGAUACAUACAGACAUAUGAAGUCGAAUGAUGUCAACUUCUUCAUGUUCUGCUUCUCUUCAGCUUUUCUGUGUCAAUAAAGGUUUUCAUAUAAACCUCCUAAA